GCAGUCAGCUGUUUACCACGAUUGUCAUAUUCACUUUUAGUUACAGACCAAAAUUGUGUUAUUAAAAUAAAUUGGUCACAUAUGGUCAAGUUAUUAAUUCAGAGAGUUUUAAAAACAAUAUUUGUAGUUUGAUAGUAACUACUUGAUUGAAACGUUCUAAAAAUAUGCUAUAAGCAAUGGACGGUUUUUUAAGAGUAGAUAACCCAAAUUUGCCAUCGUCUCCAACAAAUUCUUUUAUGGCUGAUGAAGUUGCUUCUAUAUGCCCGUUAAUAACUCCCUCACCACCAACAAAUGAUCUGAUUAAUCCAUUGCCAGAGCCAGAACCGGACUUCUCGAUUGGACGUGAAUUGGCAAAUAAGCUUCAUCACGUCGGUGGUGAUGGAACAUCAGAUGAAGAUAAGGCAGAAUCAGCUUCCUCAAGUUCAUCAGCUUUAGCUGAGUCUCAGCUACUAAAUCACAGAAAUAUUUAUCUUAACCGUAACGGAAAUAACGAAGAAAAAGAGCAAGAGGAAGGUCUUGGAAAAAGUCAAACUUUUCAACUAACUUUCCGAAAUCCUCCAGACAAUUAUUUCUUUAUGUCCUGGAAUUGGCCAGUGAUUAGAAAAAUAUCAGCAUGGAUUUAUAUGUCGGCAUUAGUGGCCAUGCUAGCCUUAGUGAUAGCAAUGAUUUCCACUUUACCUAAAACGUGUAAUCCUCCAACAUAUUGGUAUCAAGGAAAUCUACUAUACGAAAUUUUUCCUGCUAGCUUCUACAGUGGAAAGAAAAAUAUGGAAGGUGAUUUUAAAGGAAUAACUCUUAAAGCUGAAUAUAUACAGAAGUUAGGUGUCCGAGCAGUAAGAUUUAAUUCUAUAUUUCCAAAUCCAAAUUAUCCCCAUGACUUUGAUAAUAUUACAAGUUUAACUGACAUAGCUCCUCUUCUGGGAAGUUUAAGUGAGUUUAAUGUUAUGGUAAAACAACUAAAAGCAAGAAAUAUUUCUGUAAUAUUAGAUCUACCAUUAUAUCCUUAUAUUAAAAGCUUGGCUCAUAAAAAAAUGAACACAAGAAAUGAAACUUACGCUGAAUCUAACGUCGAGUUUUUAAGACAAGAGGAAGUAACCCGAGAAUAUGAUGUAGUAGAGCAAGCAAUUCUCCAUUGGAUUUCCAAUGGCGUGGAAGGAUUUUAUAUCAAAGGUUUGGAAAAAUUACAAGAAGAUUCAAACUUAGUGGAAUCAAUAAAACGUUGGAAGACAAUUCUUGGAGAACAUAGAGUUCUUAUAGUAAGCGAUACUUUUAUCUCUUCCUUGAAACCACCUGCGUUAAACUUUAUUUUAAAUAACGUCGAUUUGGUUGAUAUCAGGCUAGAUGUAAGCCAAGGAGUAACUUCCGUAAGCAGACAAAUUAAAUCUUUGCAAAAUAACACAUUAUAUUCGAAACCUGGAAUGCCAUGGAUACAUUGGUCAGUAGGAGAUGUUAAUUCACCACGCGUAGCAAAUAUUUUACCUUCUGGCAACUGUACCCUAGGGGUUACCCUCCUCCAACUAAUGCUUCCAGGUACUCCAUCAAUUUUUUAUGGUGACGAAAUAGGGCUACCGGAAAUAUCGGAUUUAACAGGAGAACGACAGGAUAUUAGAAACCUGCAUCAACUUACGAUGAUGCCUUGGCAAAAUGAAAAACAAGUAGUACUUCCUUGGAUAAAGGGUGAUGUCAAUAUACACGGUAAAUUUGAUCAAAUAAACCUAAUAAACAAAACCGUAGAAUUAAGAACUGAAUCUCCUUCUAUUUAUAUGAACUCGGUGUACAAAGAAGGAGUUACUAAACCAAACAUAGAUGUGAAAUAUGCUGAAGAUGAAUUGUUGGUAGUACAGAGAUGGUAUCCAAGAAGAAAAGCGUUUAUUCUGGCUUCCAAUCUGGGGAACAAGAUGUUAUCCACAGAUCUUUCUAAACUUCUUUACAGCGGAGAAGUUGUAGUUGGCCCACGACCAGAUUCUAAGGCGGGUACAAUAAUAUUUAAACAUAUAUCAUUAUGGCCUGGAGAAGCUGUUAUUGCUAUGCUCACAUAAAUUUUGGUGUAUUAUAAACUUGUUGUGUGUUAUGUUCUUAUUUACAGUAUUUGUGACUGUACAGUUUUUUUUAAUUAUAUUCAUAGAUCAUGA